GCAAAUUAAAGGGGUGUUUCUGUUUAAGGAAAGGGGGGACUUGAGAGUGUGAGGAGGGAGUUCCCAAAGUUUUCAUAGAGGGUGGCACACAUUGUACUUCUGAAUCUGUCUGCAGAGCCUCAUGACACACACUCACACACACUCUAGCAUGCACAAAAUCACUCGGGUUAAGAUGCAGGCACACACAUGUGUGUUGGUUUAUGAGCAGGUCUUGACAUGUUCAUGGUUUAUUAACUUACUUCUCUUGAUCUAAUAGUGGACUCUGGACCUGAAGGGAAUGAGGGGCUGGACGAGAAGGACAACUCUUUGACAAGAAGGAGACAAAGAAUGGGAUAGAAAAAGCAAAGGGCAAGCCAACACUUCCAGUUGAGGAGAUGGACAUGGGCAGAGAGCGGCUCACCCGGGGAUUGCUGCUGCGUUUUGGUAUUCUGCUCACUGCUGUGUGUGUGUGUGUUCAUGUUUACUUGGAGACGGGUCGGCGGGGAGCACCUGCACCCCUGGCAUUGGGACGUCCCAUCCAGUCUAGUCCGAACUGGGGCCAACAAAGCAGAACCAAACAGGUCUCGGCAGAACAGCAGGACAGAAGCAUUAAAAGGAGAAUCUCCUAUGUUCGAACAAUAAAGAAGAACAGCUCAGCUAGGAAGAGGGAUGAAGACAGUGAGGACCCCUCACCACCAUGCUGCCCACAUCCCCACCCACGCAGAAAGACUCCUAGGUGGCAUAUAGACUUGGAGCCCUGGGCCAGUGAGACUCAUUCUCUGGAGGAUGAAGCUAAAAGGUUCCUCAACUACAUCACAACACCACAAGUGUCGUGUGCAUCGUUGGCCAGUGAGGAAGCUGCUCAGGAGGAGACCAAAGGUGCCUGGGUUGCGUGUCUGGACCCCAAGUACAGCCUGACCCACAGAAUACAAAGCAAACACUGCAGAGUUUACUCUUUUGGGUUGGGUGUGGAUGAUCGGUCCCUGGAACUUUCUCUCACAAGGGCAGGAUGUGAGGUCCACUGCUUUGAUCCCAGUCUGAAGCAGCCUCACCUGCAGCAGGCUGAAAUGUGGCUUCAUCGGCUCUCUGUAGACUGGAGGGAUCCCAACCCGGCCAUUGUCGCCCAGCGUCAGUACGCCAACACCAAGAAACUGGCCACUAUCCUUAAUGACUUUGGACACAGACAGGUGGAUGUACUGAAGGCAGAUAUGGAGAGCGCAGAGUGGAAGAUUUUGGAGAAUUUGGUACUGGAAGGAGUUCUGGACUCAGUGGGCCAGCUGCUGUUGGAGCUUCACCUGCACUGGGCGGGCUUUGAGGUGGGCGGCGAUGACCCAUCCGUGGUGCGAUACUGGUUCAGCCUGCUCAAGGAACUUGAACACGCUAACUUCCGCCUCUUCCAUGUCCACAGUGACCCAGCCAAACCUCGCCUCUUUCUGCAUAAGAACGUCCUCAAUGCCAGCAGUGCUUACACCCUAAGCUGGGUGAACACAAAGUGGAAGCCUUAAGGGAUGCCAGACUAAUAGAAAUCAAAUAGGAAAAAAAACAACUGCUAUCUUGGCUGGAACGACCUCUGAAUGGAAAUGUACAAGUUUGUGUAACACAGUUUUAGGUCUGAACACAAAUUCUUGCUAGAGCAUGCUGUUCCCCAACAGCCCGCUCUUAUCUGGCCUGACCUUUUUCAAAGCUAAAAUCCCUGCUCCUACUUAUCCUCCUGCUCUUCCCCUCCUGGCCUGUAAUGACCUCAGCCGUGUAGAGUAAUUGCCUCCAGAGGCUCUCUGUGUUCUACCUCACAGUGGCUGUGUUGCUGGCUGCAGGUCAGCCUCUGAGUCACAAUCACCCCAGUCACCAUGGUCCUAUCUGAGCUUGGCCCACAGCCAGAUAUUAGACAACCUUUCCAGAUUACAAUAGUCUGCAAAGGCCCAGAGACCACAGCCUGCUCAACAGAACAUGAAUUAAAGGAAAUGGAUACAUGAUGUUAAAGGGGGUAGGUAGAUGGAAGAUCCUGCCUCAUUGACAGUAAGUGAAUAUUUGUGGGAAGCCACUGGAGCUGCUUACACAGAAAGCCAAAGAGAAUAGCAGAGGAAUGUGGGUAAUAAAAGGUAAAGAGAUGGGAUCGACUCCAGAGGCAGAAGAUGGCUGUCUGGAUGAACAGACGCUUCCUUACAGUUGAACCCCAAUAUGCCUGUAUCUAGAACACAAAGUGAUACAAUUAUGCGAAGAAUGUCGACAGUGAUGUCUCUAGAUUUUGUGUGUUUGUUGGAUAUUUGAAUAAGGAUGUGUGGGCAAGUGUGUGAAAAAAAGACAAAAAGAAAAGGUAAACGCAAAUUGUUUUUUUUUUGCAUAUUGCAGUUUCCUGGGUUAUAAUAAAAAACAACCGAGAUCCAUACAUCUUUUUUUUUCCUCCUUCAGUUUUCUAUUGGUGUUGAAUUGGCCUUACUCCAUUAUCUCUGCUGCACCAGAACUUCAUCAACAAACUUAAUCUGAAAACAUAACAGUGGGCUGACAACUUCAAAACAUAAUCCACAUUCAAUAUUAUCCGAUUUAUGUAAUUUGACAAAUAUUUUGAUGCAGUUUAAUAAAAAAGGAUAAAAUAA